ACUGUUGAGAAUAAUUCUGUGAAUAGUACUAAGCAAGAAACUGCAAAUACUCUUAUGAGCCUUUUACAAGGCUCCUAUAAAUUUUUUGAAACUGCAAAUACUCUUAUAAACCUUUUGCAAAGCUCCUAUAAACUUCCUGAAACUUCCAGUACUGAAGUUCAAAACUCUGUAUCCAAAUCAUCUAGAUCAUCUGAACCUACACAAACUCAGGAAUUGGAAGAAAAAUCACAGAAAUAUACAA